AUGUCGGACACCAAAGAAGAAGAACAUGCUACUACCGAGGAACCAACGUUUGACGUGUACAUGCGCUUUAACGGUGAUGAAGAAAGAGACUACUGCUUUCAGGUUCAUUUGAAUACAAAAUUUGGUGAUUUGAUGGAAAUAUUUAAGGUGCUUCCAUUAAAUCUUUCGCCUUCAAUUUUCUAUGAUAGGCUUCCUAUUGGUUUUCAGCUUUCUACAAACCCUGGAAUUUUGACUAGAGAAGGCGGUUUACUUUUUGGAGAUGAUGCUGACAAGAAGCAAUAUUUGAAGAGGAUGAAUAAUGACGACGUGAUCUCAGAGCAUGCAUGGCCUGGACAAUUGAUUAUACCAUUAUUCUCUAAGAAGAAAUAUCUUCAAUAUAGCGUUAUUGUUGGAUUGAUAGUUUGGCUUUACACAGAUUUGCCAGACUAUAUUUCGCCUACCCCAGGCCACAGCUUGACGACGAUGGCAGUUAAAGGUGUUUCGUCUCUUCUUAGGAAGAUCAACCAGGAUCAGAUGGCUGACAAUUUGGUGGAGAGUAUGUUGGAGCCUGUCCCUGAAGUGAUGCAAUGGGUUUUCUUUGCUUUUCAUAUCGUUAAGGAUCUUAUUAUCUACUUUGUCCUUUGGGUUGGCGGCUUUAAUCCUUAUUCGUUCACAAAGAAACCUGCACCUAUAGACAGAGAUGAUCUUUUGAGAAUUGGUUGGACCAGUGCUAAGAAGGCUCCAGUGUUUGAUUUUUCCAAAGAAUACCGUCAGUAUAAGGUGAAACAGGUUGGAGGUACGCUCAAAGCAUACAAGUCAGGAGUUUUGGAUAGUAUCAAAGACACAACUGUCACUCUUGGUGCUGGAGAAGGAUUCCAAACUCCACUCUGUGCUAAGCUUUCUAAAGACAAGGUUGAAUCCGACAAAUUCUAUCUCUCAUACGAGUACUUGAGAUUGCAGGAAGAGGCUUUCCAAAAAAGACACUCUACACUUUCUGACUUGGAGUUUGCAAGACAAUACAAACAUUAUCGUCGGUUUGGACCGUUUGAUGCUCCAAAAGAAUUCGCUUCUAAAGCACAGGAACGUAUUAAAAUAAGCACGGAUCAGGAAAAGAAGGAAAAGGAGCAGAAAGAAAAGAAACGGGAUUGA